AGAAGGAAAAUAUUUUUAUGCUAGCUCGUCUACAGGCAUUACAUGCGAUAUUUCGAUUAGGUGAAGGAGGAAAAAAUCGAGUCCUUUGAUUUGUGUGUUAAUUUGAUCGCGUUUAGAUUGGAUUUUUAACGUUGAUUGAUUACAGUGCAGUUACUUUAGUUGGAAGAUAUCAGUUUUGUGUGUAGUGUGAAAAACCGCCGCCCACAUUGUAAUAUCAUUUAAUCAAAAGUAAUUCAAUUCAAGGAUUUUUAGCAUGUUUCUUGUCGGAUUAACCGGAGGCAUUGCCACGGGCAAGAGUACCGUCUCAAAAGUGUUCAAACAGAAUGGAAUCCCUGUUAUCGACACCGAUGCAAUUGCUAGGCUUGUCGUGGAACCGGGCAAACCAGCAUGGCAUAAAAUUAAGGCCGCCUUUGGCGAUGGUGUAUUUCACGCCGACAGCGGCGAGCUGAACCGAGAGGCACUGGGCAAGCUAAUCUUCGACAGCCUGGAGAAGCGUACCAUUCUCAACGAAAUUACCCACCCGGAGAUCCAUCGUGUCGUCUACAAGGAGGUCAUCAAGUGCUUCUUCCUGGGCCAUAACUUUGUUGUGCUCGAUCUUCCACUGCUGUUCGAGACUGGCAUCAUGCUUAGCUAUAUUCACAAAAUCAUUACGGUUACAUGCGAAGAAGACAUUCAGCUCACCCGACUGAUGGAUCGGAACCAUUUGUCGGAAGCCGACGCCAAGAAGCGCAUCAAGCUGCAAAUGCCGCUGGAGCAGAAAUGUGGCCAGUCUCACUUUGUGAUUGAAAAUUCAGGUACCCUCCAGGACACGGAGGAGCAAACGCUGAAGAUUCUCGGCGUGCUGCAGGACAGCAACCAGCACUGGAAGAUCCGGGGCGUCAUAUUCGCGACGGCUGCGAUUCUGUUCUCCAGCAUAGCGUGGAUUCUGAACUACAAGUACAAGUUUCUCUCCAGCAGCAACUGAUAGCUGGGCGGGCGGCAACUGUGACGUGACGUGUAGGUCGAUAUCGCCAGUAACUAGACUUAGGGCACAUUGAAAAUUCCAUUGGUACGAGUAGAUUGAUCCUGUGAGCUGUAUGUAUAAAAUAGUGUCAUGUGCAUUUUUACUUUCGGUGUUUGUGUACAGUGGAAUUUUGACAACCAUAAACCAGAUUUGACUCGGAUAAAUAGCAUAGAACAAUAGAAAAUUUGGAAAUAACCCAUGUAUGUUUUCUUUUCGGUUC